UAACUUUCCGCCUCUUGUCUUUCUUUUUAUUUCUUCAUUCGUUCCUUAUUGAUAAUACAUAAAACAUGGCAGACACUCUUAAGGAUAUCCCAGAGUUUUUUGAGACAGAAAUCGGUGAAUCAAUUGCUGCUCGUACCGACGCCUUAGGUACAUUCCGUGAAUUAGGUCCUCCUGAUUUAUGCCACAUCAUUAAAGCACAUUCCAAACCUGGAAUGAAAGAGCUCGGUAGUUACCAUUAUGUUUCUGGUGCGGACGCUUCAUCAUCUGCUACUUUAGCUGCUUACUUGAAUUCGCUCACAUAUUCCUUGGAUGAUACCCAAUCUUGGUUUUCGAAAUCAAAUGCUUGGAGAAUUCGAUCUGGCAUUUACUGCUGCUUCAACGCAUUCUCCCGUGUUGAUGUUCGUGUUGAAGUAAAGAUUCCUGGUGGUGUCGAAAGUUACUAUGUUGAUGUAAGAGGCGAGAGACACGAAGCAACUGCAACCAUUUGGCAGGAGACAUACUUAUCAGCCGUCCUCCGUGCCAUUCUCUAUUCGGAUGAUAGUUAUUAUAGAUUGGCCGGCUACCGCAAAAUCGAUCCUAUCAACAACUUAGCCGGAGAAGCUCGAUUUUUAGAGGCCGUAGAAGCUCUUUUUUGGAGAGGAUGGCAAUUAGGUAGCAAUCCUGAAAUCCAAACAGCUACUACAGUACAUAACCAUUUAACAUCGGGCGUGAUGAAGUAUUUUGGAGAUAGUUUCCGUUUUGGUCCUGCAAUCGAGCUCUAUGAAAAGUUGCAAAAGAAAGACCCUGAGAUUGGUGCUUUAUUGGCCCAAUCAUUUAUUGGCCAGAAUGAAGAAAUUAAGGCUGUCAAAGUACUCUAUGAUGAUUUGAAACGUAUGCCCAUGAGCUACCCACUAUUACAUGCCCAAGUAGACUUUCUUCGUAGUAAGGGUGAAUAUAACAUGGCUUUAAAACUUGCCAAAUUCGCAGUAAAUACUACACCUUCAGAAUUCUUGACCUGGGCCAAGUUGACUGAAGUCUAUAUCGACCUCGAAGAUUAUAAAAAUGCGCUCUUGACAUUGAACUCAUGUCCCAUGUUCACUUACAGCGAACGUGAUAUGCAUCGUAUGCCGGCCCCUAUCAAGACACAUUUACCCAUUAAAUUGGAGAUCAUGAAUUCAGGAAUUAUGGAAGAAGAUGCUGCUGGAAGAGAAAAUGAGGCAGAUCCCAACUUAUCCCGUCUUCCUGCACCUGCAUUGCACGGUACGUUUGCAAAGGCAUACGCACUCUUGACAAGACUGGCUAGUAAAAUCGGAUGGGAUGACUUGCUUAAAUGUAGAUCAUAUGUGUUUGUCAUGGAAGAGGAAUAUCGCAUGCAAAAGGCGAAGGAAGAUACUCAAAAAUCAAGUUCAUCAAUAAACGAAUUGGAAAAUACAGUCGCUGCUGAAAAUGAAGAUACUAAAAAGGAUGCGCCCACAUCCGAAGAUAAUGUAUCAGUGAAAUCCGAAGAAGAUAAGCCUAAAACGGAGGAAAACACAGAUGAGUUAGCAGAUCAAAUGGAUAGUGUCGAUUUAAAUGCAGACGAUGAAGGAUCUGCUCCCGUUGAAGUUCAUCACACCCCACUUGUUCGUCCUGACCAAGUCGCAGAGGAUAAAUCAAAGACUGAGAAUGCCGAAAGUGCAUCUACUAGUACACCUCAUCCUAGCGAUGGCGUUAACUUUUCUUUCAGUAACAAACGUCUUUGUGAACGUUGGUUAGAUAACCUUUUCAUGGUCUUGUACGAAGAUUUACGAAUCUAUACCUUCUGGAGAACCGAAUCAGCCCAUUACCGUGCCCAACAGAUGCCUUAUCGUAAAACCGGUACCGAAUGGGAAUUAUUGGGUGAUCUUGCGCUUCGAUUGUGGCAUGAAACUGAAGCUCGAGAAGCCUAUGAGCAAUGUUUGGACCAUAAAUUUUCGGCCAAGGCAUGGAUGAAGCUUUUGGAGAUAUACGUGACCGAAGGAAAUGUUCAAAGAGCUCUCCUGGCUGCCGUUAAAUUAACUGUAUAUCAUGAGCGCUGGUACCAUGAAAUUGUGUAUCCUAGUGAAAUUGCUCGUAACCUUAAUAUUUUGAUCCGUAGAGAAGGUCUUUCUAAGAUGCAGAAUAUGUUAACUUCAAUGAAUUUACCUCGCCCUGUACAACAAUUGAUGACCCAAUACUUUGAUUUCGCUGAACUCUUUAAAGUCGAAGGCUAUGAAUUCUAAAAGAAAAAAAAAAAAAAAAAAAAAAAAA